AUGACACCUCCUGCAAUAGUCAAAUGUUUCAGUUCACUUCUCUUGCGACUCGAAUGGAAAUUGGCUGAUGCAACCCCUCUCCGGCUGGUUCUUGACUCUGGGUUUAUGCAAGAACUUCCCACAAUAGAUUUUGAUCCACACUUGGAAGACUUACAUCCAUCUCUUGGAAAUCUCGAUCAUGUACGACGACUAAUAAAUGUUAUGCGUAUGGACCAUUUCCCUCAUGGAACUGGAUUUGAUGGUGCUAAAUUACUUGUUGACCAGCAAAAAAUGCUUCCACUUGAACGACAAUAUAUUCGUUGUGCGGAGACACAUGAUAUACCCAAUGCAGACUCGAGCUUCCGCCUGGUCAUUUGCAUGACAAGUCGCAUGUCACAACACCUCCUUUCGUCGAAGCGCUUGUCCAUAGACACAUCAUUCAAACGUGUCCGAGGAUGGCAAGAGUUUGAGAUAGAGUCUUGGGAUGAUGGUCACAUGCGCUCUAUGGUCUCAGCUCGUGCUAUGACUACUUCUCAAACAGCUGAAGCUCAUUUGAUUCUUUUUCGGCGAAUUUUUGAGAUUGCAACACAAGACACUGGUGUCCCAGUAGCUUUCCGUCAUAUUCAUGGCUUUGGUAUUGAAUCCAUCAUUGCUGAUGGUCACCGUGGGCAAGCAAAGGGCUUAGGCAUGUAUUGUGUCGAGGUCUCUCAAGGGCAGUCCAAGUUCUGUAUCUUCGAGCCUCAUCGUCGUAUUUGUGACUUGGAUCCUUAUGGGCACCUUCACCGGUUUUACCGUUUGUGCAUUACACACUUUAAAAGAAAUAUUUUAGCGCUUUGCAGUCAAGUUUCAAAAAAUGUCUAUAAUGCGAUGUUAAGCCUCGCAUCUGCAGAAGCCCACCCCAAUAUUCAAACGACACUCUCUAUUAUUCGUCGAGGUGGGAAAAAAGCACAAGCAUGGCUCAAAGACAAGGAAUCUUCGAAGUUUGCAUUGCCGGCCAUUUACUGGCCAAUGAGUCUCAUACCCAUCGCAAUAUGGAAGGCAUCACCGACGACUACAAACGGGAAUGAGCAAGCACACCGCAACAUUAAUCGUGAUGGAAUCAACUUAACAUUGCUUGCAGGAAUCAUGCAUGGAUACCAAUAUGAUGUCCGUGCUGCAUCUAGCAUUGACCUCCAUAUCAUGCAUGGGAUUAACACUCGCGAUAACGAAUCAACACAUUUAUACCGGGCGAAGCGCUCUGUGAGUCGACAAAGUAAGCACAAAGUGAACAUUUUUAACAGUAUAUACUGA